AUGCGUUUUGCUCAGAUUGUCACCGCGGCUUUUUGUCUAGCUACAUCCUUGGUAUCAGCCCAGGCGCCAGCUCCAACUCCACAGGGAGAAGUGCUCGAGCUCAAGCAUGAGCUAGAUGACUACGUCGAGACCUAUUUCGACACUUUUGAAAUCGACACAUACUACAACGCCAUCGACUUGCUCCACAUCUCGUCGCAGAAACUCGAAAAGAGAGCCGACGGCAACAACAGUCGAGGCGAAUACUACCCGGCCAUUAGCCUGGCUUUGGAAAUGGUCAACUCGUCAGGCGUAUUGUGGACGCUCUUGGACGCCGUGGCUGACCACCCUAAUCGCGUUGAGGUCUUGACUAAUUUGACCUCGAGAUUGCUCGGCGGCGCAAACUUCACCAUCAGCGUUGCUGAUCUCAUUGGCACGUUGGGCGUGGCUGGCGGCAUGGGCAACUCUAGCGCCCCCUCUCAAAGUGCCUUGAACACCACCGAGUUGUUGGCCGUUGUCGAAAACAGCGGCUUGGUGAAGUCCUUGUUGGAUGGUAUAUUAUUGGACCAAAGCUUCAGGCCACGCUUGGUUGACUUGAUUGACAGGUUGGUGUUGUCGCAGCGCGAUCUCUUGCGAUACAUUUUCCAAGAUUUGUUAGCCAAGAGAGAUUUGAUCUUGCGCAGAGAAGACUUGGGCGAGUUGGUCAAGAGACAAGAUGAAUUCAACGGCACGUUGGAGUCAUUUAUUUUAAAUGCGGCUAAUUCAGUCUUGGGAUCUCAAAUCUUCACCAAUGUUGCCGAGAGCUUGUUGAACGCGUUGAAUGACACGGGUUUUGCCGUUUACACCGUCAAGAGGUUCUUAUCGAGUGACGCCUAUGUCAACAUGACGGCCGCGCUCGUUUCCGCGGUUGUUGACUCUGGAGCUAUCCAAAUUUCAUUUGAAGGCGUCAACACCACAGCAAUACUCGAAUCGGUCUUGUCUGACCCCGAGGGAAUCGCAGCCUUGAUUGGCGGUUUACUAAGCGGCGGCUCGUCAAAUGCAGUCUCCAAUAUCUUGUCAGGUACCUCGAUAAGCCAAUACAUGACGGCAAUCCAAGAAAUCUUGCAGGAUUUGGAAAGAAAGGGCACCUUUGCUGAAUUGAAUAGCUACAUCUGGGGAACAACAACAACAACCGCCACUGUAGCUGCCACUGCUACUAAUACAGCUCAAAGAAUCGCGGUGACUGCGGCACACACAACGUCUUCUUCGAGAAGUGCUUCCGCUUCGGGUGCAAAUAGGGACCAGGCUAAUUCCGCCUCCGGUGUCACGUCAAGUUUAAACUGGUUGAAACCCAUGAUUUACACUCAAGUGGCCAUCAUUGCGGGAUUGGUGUUCUUUUAA